UUCUCGUGGUACCCCAGGGGCAGUAUCCUCCUCAGACUGCAGGAGGAUACAAGCCGCCAUUCUUUCGCAGCGGCGGGGGGUGGCAUCAACAAUACCCACCUAAUCAAAAUCAAGGCCCGUACAUGUCUCCUCAAGGGCCUCCACAUCAGUCAACUCCGUAUUACGGAGGCGGUUAUAGUCCCGGUGCAGAGCAGCGGCAAGAAUAUCCCCCAAAUCCUCCUCCGUAUAAACGGGAUGAUUCCAACUACCAGCCGGUGCGUACAACGGCGCCUGAUGUCCCGCUGCUUCUAAUACUGACUAUCUUUAGCCCCCCGGACCACCUCCGGGUCAUCCAGAAAGUAGUACUCAGGCUCAGUAUAGUCCGCCCCCUGGACCACCGCCGCAAGCUCAUUUGGCCCCCAAUGGCCAAGAUUUUGUCGGAGGUUUCAGAUCAUAAUCAGCGAGCAUUUCCGUCUUCGGUUCUAUUAAUCUUCUGGUCGCACAUUUGCAUUCACAAACAUUGUACAAUUUAGCGUUACUAACCUUCGUGCUCCAUUAGUUGUACCUAUAC